GAAAGCCACAUGUUUAUGCUUAAAUAUUUCACAUUUAUAGUCCUUUUAAUUACUGGACAAGUUCGGUGCAAUGAGUUUUCCAACACAGUUCCAGAUAAAACCUAUGCCGCCUCAACUUCAGAACUAAUGAAACUCCUUGAAGUUGAGGAUAAGCUGGUCGAGAACCUAAGUGGCUACGUGGAUGAGCUGAAAAAGAAGCUAAGCAUAGUAGAAAAAUCCUUAAGUAAUUUGAAAGCUAAGCACAUCCAAAUAAAGAUGGAUUAUGAAACGUACUUGGGAAACCCUUUAAACAGCUUCAGUUUAAUUUAUCGCCUUACUUCGGGCUGGAAAGGUUGGCUACAAUACACCUCGGAAGCACAGAAUGGAGAAUUGACACAUAUUGAUAAAGCCGACCGCAUGCGAACUCAGCUACCGACCUUCUUCGACUUACAAAUGGCGUCCCGGGGCAUCGAUGAGCUGAUGUCCUUUUAUAAGCUAAAGCCCGAGGAGCUAGUAGUUGGGAACUUAUCAGGAUACUUACGCCCAGAAACUGCUCUGUCGUCUCUGGAUUGUUAUGCUCUUGGGGAGUUUUGUGUAAAAAUUCGAAAGGAUGCACUAGCCGAAGCCUGGUUUAAUGCCUCUCUAACCCAAUUUAAGGAAAAUAAUUCCGUUUACAAUAUUUAUGGUUUUACCACAACCAAGUACUAUCCAUCGAAUAGUGCAUGA